AUGCGUAAGGAAUCUUUGAAAUCACCAAGACUACUGGGUAGAAGCAUAUCUUAGCUCGGUAAAUUUGAUGUAGACCACUAGUUUCUAAAAUAUGUAGAAGAAACUACUUCUCAUACAUUGAAUCUCUCCCCUGAAAUAGUAGCUAAAGACCUUCUUGUCAAAUAAAAUGAACUUUUAAAGUCUCCACUAAGAUAAUUACAGUCUUUAUACAGAAGGACUGAAUAGAAGUAUAAGGAAAGAGCAUAGAACAAACUCUAGAAAUUGAAUAAAGUUUCACAAUUUCAGAUCAAUACCUAAUUCUUAGCUGUUCCAGGCAUGAAUGAUCAAAGAUUGUAGUCUUAAGAGUCUAGAAGUACUCUUGCAACUUCCUGA